CCCAGGGGAGCCUGGAGCCCACCCUGCUCUGCUUCGGGCCAUGACGAUUCUACGGUUCAUCGCACUUGCUCUGGUGACAGGGCACGUAGGGGGAGAGACGAGGAUCAUCAAGGGUUACGAGUGCACCCCUCAUUCCCAGCCAUGGCAGGUGGCCCUCUUUCAGAAGACACGACUUCUCUGUGGGGCAACCCUCAUCGCCCCCAAAUGGCUCCUGACAGCCGCCCACUGCCGCAAGCCGUGGUGUUCAUCUCUCCCUCCCCACCCCUGCCCUGUCCUCCCACCUUUCCACCUCUGACCACUGCUCUCCCACCUCAGCCAUUACGUGGUCCUCCUUGGAGAACACAAUCUGGAGAAGACGGAUGGCUAUGAGCAGAAGCGAACGGCCACGGAGUCCUUCCCUCACCCCGGCUUCAACAACAGCCUCCCCAACAAAGACCACCGGAACGACAUCAUGCUAGUGAAGAUGUCCUCUCCCGCCGUCGUCAGCCGAGCAGUGCGGCCGCUCACGCUGUCCUCACACUGCGUCACUGCGGGCACCAGCUGCCUCAUUUCCGGAUGGGGCACCACGUCCAGCCCCCAGUUGCGCCUGCCUCAUUCCUUGCGAUGCGCCAAUGUCUCCAUCAUCGAACACAAGGAGUGUGAGAGCGCCUACCCAGGCAACAUCACAGAGACCAUGCUGUGUGCUAGUGUUCGGAAGGAGGGCAAGGACUCCUGCCAGGGUGACUCUGGAGGCCCUCUGGUCUGCAAUGGAUCUCUUCAAGGCAUCAUCUCCUGGGGUCAGGACCCGUGCGCGGUCACCAGAAAGCCUGGUGUCUAUACCAAAGUCUGCAAAUAUAUUGACUGGAUCCACGAGAUUAUGAGAGACAACUAAAGGGGACCUGCUUGUCACCACCCAACCCCUCCAAUCUCUUCUUAAUGCUUUGACUUCCGUUUGUUCCCCCCUAAGAAGCCCUCAACUAGGACCCUUGCAUGUACUCUCUUCAACCCACCGUGGAUAUAGUAUAGGAAAUGUUCUGAUCUGAUGAUCAACUUGGGGCUUGGAACAAAUUCUAGCUUGACCUAAGUUGUGACUCUAGAUAUAAUCAUCACUGGCUUUGUUUCGUUGUUUGGUUGUUGUUGUUGUUUUUGUUGUUGUUUUGUCCC